AUGGCAAUGGAGCGCACUCGCAUCGCGAAGGUCGACGAUGUCACCCUGUCGCGCCGUGGUGAACAGGUCAAAGGCGCCCUUCAUUUAACGCCUCAUCAUAUCAUCUUUGUACACACGCCCUUUCCCUCCAAGAGCUCGAGCACAACCCCCAAUGGCAAGCCUCCCCGACCACGCGAGCUAUGGAUAACAUAUCCCAUCAUCCAACAAUGUACACUACGCACGAGUCCCACCGCCUCUCGUCAGCCGAGUUGUGUCCGCCUCCGUUGUCGAGAUUUCACGUUUGCCUGCUUUUACUUCAUCGAUGACCGGAAGGCAAGAGAUGUCUACGACAGUGUGAGGGCAUGGACCUGCAAACUGAGCGGAAUCGAACGGUUGUACGCUUUUACAUACCAGCCUCAAGGACCGGAGAAAGACGUGAACCCUAACGGUUGGUCAUUGUAUGAUCCUGUGCGAGAAUUGAGAAGAAUGGGUGUUGGUGAUGAGAGCAAGAAGUCAGCCUGGAGGAUUUCCACAAUUAAUAAUGACUAUGCGUUUGCAGAAACGUAUCCUGCCGUGCUCGCCGUUCCUGCUUCGAUCUCGGAUAACACUCUGAACUACGCGGGUCGCUACAGAUCGCGAGCCAGAAUACCUGUGCUUACGUACCUCCACCCUGUCAAUGACUGCUCUAUUACUCGCUGCUCACAGCCCCUUGUUGGAGUUCGAGGAAACCGAAGUAUCCAAGACGAGAAGCUUGUCGCCGCAAUAUUCAACACUACCCGGGCUGAACGACCACUCUCUGCUUACAGUUCCCCUCCGCCUGAACGUGAAGAAUCCAGAUCCAGCAAAGAGACGAGCAGCUCUAUUACUCUAGAGGGAGACCUUCCACAAACAGCAGACGCUGAAGCGAUUGAAAAUGCGGUCAUGAAGAAACUUCGAGGUGACGAUGAAUUGUCGUCAGGCUCAGACGAAAAGAGACCCGUGGUUUACGGAGCUCAACAGCGAAACAUGAUUGUUGAUGCUCGUCCCACCGUCAACGCGUUGGCGAUGCAGGCAGUAGGGAUGGGCUCCGAAGACAUGAGCAACUACAAAUUCGCCAGCAAAGUCUAUCUCGGUAUCGAUAACAUUCAUGUCAUGCGAGACAGUCUGCAGAAAGUAGUGGAUACUCUCAAGGACUCGGAUCUGACUCCUUUGGGGCCCAAUCGAGAGCAGCUGCAGAAGAGCAAUUGGUUAAAGCAUGUCGCCAGUGUCUUGGACGGAGCUGGAUUGAUUGCUCGCCAGGUUGGCCUUCAACACAGUCACGUCAUGAUUCACUGCAGUGAUGGAUGGGAUAGGACGAGUCAACUGUCCGCUCUCAGUCAGAUCUGUCUGGAUCCCUACUAUCGGACUAUAGAAGGGUUCAUCGUCCUGGUCGAAAAGGACUGGUUGAGUUUUGGUCACAUGUUCAAACAUCGCUCUGGAUUUCUCAACUCGGAGAAAUGGUUCCAGAUUGAAAAUGAACGAGUCGGCCGAGGAAAUGAAGAUGUGGAUGGAAAAGAGCAGAGUGGAGGAGCUAUGGCUGGAGCUCAGAAGACUUUUGAAAAUGCGCUUUUGAGCGCCAAAGGAUUUUUCUCCAACACCAAGUUCAAUGAGUCUCGAGAGUCGGUCAACGUUGACUCAGAUGUAGAUGCUGACUCUGAGUCCCAAGCCGGUCGACGGAUCGUCUCGGGCAGUGUGAAAAAGGACAAGGAGAAGAUGAUCACGAAGGUCAAGGAAACGGCUCCCAUCUUCCACCAAUUCCUCGACGCAACAUAUCAACUUCUAUAUCAGUACCCCACGCGGUUCGAGUUUACCGAACGGUUCCUCCGACGCCUUCUCUACCACCUCUAUUCUUGUCAAUAUGGGACCUUCUUACUCGACAGUGAGAAAGAACGCAAGCAAGCGAGAUUGAGUGAACGAACCAGGAGUGUGUGGGACUACUUCAUGUCUCGCAAGAAGGAGUUCUCGAACCCAAGAUACGACCCGGUGGUGGACGACAAUGUACGUGGCAAGGAGAGAUUGAUCUUCCCCAGAAUAGAAGAAGUUAGGUGGUGGAAUGAGUUGUUUGGACGAACGGACGAUGAAAUGAACGGCAAACCUCUGCCGCCACUGCCACCUCCCCCAUCGGAAGCUCAAAUCAACGGUUUGAGCGACGUUGAACACAUUGAUACCGAACUGUGGACGCCGAUUCAAACAUCUGUAUCGUCGCCUGUGUCCAGGGUUAGAACCCCGGUGAACUUCGGUGUUGAGACCAAUGAGGAGAGCACGGGUUGGAAUUCUUCCCCCAGGCUUUACGACCCUGUCUUGAGGAUCCAGUCGCCGGUAUCAUCUAUUGGCGCCGGUAUGAGCAGUUCUGGGUCUCCCAAGCCAAAGGAUCCAAUUUCAAGGACGCGAACACCUGUUAUGGCACGACCAGACCCAAAGCCGGUGGCAGCGCAAGAUGAGACCCUGUUUGCCAGGCUGGAGUCGGCGGCAAAGGUUGAUGAAUCGAAUGGAAGCAGAGAGGACACGACCGUGACUGAAUUAUCACCAGCCAAUCCGGACCGAGUGAUGACACACAUUCCAGAAAAUUCAUUAGACUCAUUGUCAGAAGAUCUAGACCCACUAGGCAUUAGUGAGGUUAAGGACCACGUGUCACAAUCCAAGCGGGCACAGACGGCAAUGGAAAGGCGACGAGAGCACAUGGAAAUGUUAAUGAAAUGA